AUGACUUCUUCAACGGAACAAUCAGAAACCAUAGCAAAUGCAUCAUCAGUAGAUACUUCUGCUGAUAAUGUAACAUCAACGACAGAAGAAAAACCAGUUAAUGGUGUAGCGGAAGAAGAAGAAGAAAUGACACCAGUAGCAACUGAAAAUAAUUCCGGUAAACGAAAACGAUCAACAAAAAAAACUGUUGUAGAAAAUACAGACAAUAUAUCAAAUGGACGUCCAAAACGUACAUUCUCUAAACGUGAAGAAGUGCCAGCAAAUAUGACGAAUGGUAGUAAUAAAAUAAAUAAAACAAAAGUUGAACAAGCAAAUAAUGAUGCUGAUGAUGAACAGGAACGUGAUAAAAAUAUUCCAGUACUUUAUGAUGUUGCCGAUGUCGUUUGGGUAAAAAUGGGUGGACAUCCUUGGUGGCCAAGUCUUGUUAUUCCUGAUCCAAAUGAUGCAAAUGGAAGUUAUACAAAAGUAUCCGGUAAUGCUCGAGCAAAACGAAUGUAUUUUGUUGUAUUCUAUGGUUCAACUGCUGAUUUUGCAUGGGUAUCUGAUGCAGCAAUCAUAGCUUAUAAAGGUGUUGAAGCAUUUACUAAAUAUGCUCAAGAAAGUGUUGAUAAAGCACAAACAAAAUCACAAAAAGAACAAUUAACUGAACGAUUUCAAUUAAAAGUUACUAUUGGUCGUCGUGAAGAUUGGGAAUCAGCCGUACGUGAAGCUGAUGCUGCACUUAAACAAACAAGUGAAACUCGUCUGACAGAAAUUGAACCUAAAAUUCAAUUUUAUACAAAUAAACUUGUUCCUCCUAAAGCUCAAUCAAAUCGUCGAACAAAAUCAUCGAUUACAAAACCUGAAGAAUCAUCUGAACCUAUGUCAACAUCAACAUUAGAUCCAGCCGAUCGUUCAUUACUUGCUGAAAAAACAUUUGAAUUUAAAUCUGAUGAUGAAAAUUCUUCAACUGAAACACCGAUUCGUAAAACUCCUUCUGUUAAAAUCAAACUUAGUAAACAGACAUCCAAUGAUUCAGAUUCAAAUACAACACCACCAACAAAACGUCCUUAUAUAAAUCGAUCGAUUCAUUUAGAUGAAAAAGUAAAUAAUUCAACUGCAUCAGCAACUGUUUUUGGACAAACAGCAAAUGGUUCAUCAGUUUCAUAUCAACCACGUGCAUCGGUCAAUAAUCCUGUUGAUACUACGCCAACAAAAUCUACUCGAACAGAUACAGUUAAUGGUACAAGUAGUGGAAAAAAACGUGGACGACCACGUCUUAAUAAACCAUCGAUAUCAUCAAGUAAUGACGAUAGUCCAGCACCUGAAUUUAAUUCAGCAAGUCCAACUGUAACGACAAAAUUUACAACACAAAGAAAACCAAUAACAAAACCACAAGCUUUCAUGAAUUCAUCCGUAUCAAGUGGACAACAUGAUAUUCGUACUGGAUUUUUAUCACCAUUUGAAGAACAAGAAGUACUUGAUGCACUUGAUCAAUUAGGUUCAACAAAAACAUUUGAAGAAGCUGAACAAAAAGCUAAACGUCGAUUUGAACAUAUACUUUGUUUAAAUCUUAAUCGAACACAUGUUGAUAUACCACAAGAAUGGUUUUAUACGUUUUUAUUCUCUCAUCCAUCAUUAAUUACAAAAAAUCCUCAAUGGUUUACUGAGAAAAAUACUCUGAAUGAUAAUGAUUUACUCAAUGAUGUUCAAUCAUCAAGUAGUUUAGCUGUUCUUAAACAUCAACUUGUUGUUUUAUCAAAAUUAUAUCGAAAUGAAUUACAAACUCGUGAAUCAGCACCAGUUAAAAAACGACGAUCAACAGGUGGUAGUAUGGGAAAACAAAAGUUCAUUGAAAAAAACCAAGAUACUAAUGGAGAAAAUAAUAAUAUGCAUGAUGAAGAAGAAGAUGAAGAACUUAUUAAUUGA